ACCGGUCCUUCCCUGUGUCUUUUGUUCCCAGUCCCUCUCCCUGACUCAGGCCCUGGGCCCCCCACCCCCAUCGGGCGGCCCUAGGCUGUGGCUCUGCCGUGGAGCUGGAGGCCCCUGGAGGCCACCUCAGCCAGGACAGCCACCCCAGCCUCUGGGCUCUGUUGCUCUCCCACCUGCCCACAGACCUUCCCUUGCUGGGGCCUGGCGCAGUGCCCUCUGCCCUCCACAGGGGGCAGCAAGCGGUUGCAGGGCCCAACCCCCUUCCCCAGCAGAGCUGUGCUGAAACUGUCUGUGCGUCUGUGUCUGCGGCAGCGGUGGGCCGGGGACUGCCUCCCGGCAGGCAGAGCUGGCCCUGCCGAAGACCCUGUGGCUUCCCACCAGGGCAGCCAGCGCAGCUGGGCCAGCGAGGCCUUGGAGUGCUCCAGCCAGAGGCCCAACCACCUGGCCAUGUAGAGCCUGGCCCCAGCCGCCUGAGGGUUUCUGCCCAGAGCUCUGGCCCCCAAGCAGGUGUGCAGUCUCCACAGUGAGAAUCUGCUUAGAUUUCAGCAAGCACAUUCUCAGAAAUCCUGCUUGGCCCAUCCUCCGGCCGGGGACAGGACUUGCAGGCCGGGGGACAGGUACAGGCCGGGCCACCAGAAGGAGGGGUCCGGUGGAUAGCCUGGCUCCAGACCACCCCCCUGGCCGUGCUACCUCAGCCGGCCAGGAGGGGUCCGCCCAGGCCUCUCUCAGGGAGAGUAGCUCCUCUGUCUCUCCCCAGAGCUGUGCCUUUGCUCCCCGAGCCCACCCAGGCGCCCUGUCAUGUGGAAAUCUCAGCCAUGGAAUUAAAAUAGAAACCACUUCUGCUGUCUCCCAGGAGACAAAGAUAAGGGGGCGUCCUGGCCUCCGUGGGAGCCUGUGCUGGGGCCCAGCAGUGACAGGACUAGGUGUCAGGGACUCGGCUGCAGUGCACGUCCCACCCACCCUCCCUGGGCUGCUGGCGCCCCCCCCCAACCCCAGCCCCCACCAGCCAACUCUAAUCUGCAGCCAGCAUCCAAGUGACCCCACAGCCUGAGGACUUGCCUGUAGUGCGUCAUCAGAGGGCUGGGAAAUCAGGCCCCUGACCUCAUGAAGGACACAGCUCCCUCUGAGGCCUUUUCCAACCCUGGGGGUCUGGAGAAAGGGAGCAGGGGCUCAGUGAAGACCCCAGCUCCCUUGUCUCCCUUCCCCAGGCCUCAGGCCUGCCUCCCAGUGCUGGCUGCAGGGUUCUGGCCUCAGCAGCUCUUCCACCCCCCAGGGCCUGUCCUUUUCUGGAGUCAACAUGUGGGCUGUGAGGUGUCCUAGGUCCUGGGCUCUAUCCCAAGGGCAGGGAGGCCCUGAGGAGAUGUGGGGCCCUUUCCCACCCCAGACACCCUCCCCGGCCAGACACCCACGCUGCAGUGCCCUCACAGGGCCAAGCUCUGGCCACCGGUGCUGGGUGGGGCCUGGGCUGCUUGGGGGUCUAAACCUGGGCUUAGAAAUGAGUGGGUACUGGCUGGGGGGAGCAUUGGCCUUGGUGCCCAGGCCAUGAAGGGGUCUCCCAGCUUUGCUAUGUCCUCGCUAGGCCCUUCCCUGCUGAUGAGACAGCAGCCUGCUUCCUGCACCAGCAACCCCACAGGGGCCGCGGCUCCCCAGGGCCAGGGGCAUCUCAGGGUGGCAAGGCCAUCAUGCUGUCAUGCCUGGAGACCUGUCCUGCCAGCUCCGCUCCACCCUGCUAGGGUCCUCUGUCCACCACUCAGCCCAGCCUGGCUUCCCUGCAGUGGAGCUGAGUGGCAGGGGCCUGCCAUCUGCCAGUGUCACAGGAUGGCGGAAGGCACCAGACCACUGCAGCCCAGGGGUGUGACCCAGCCCCAUGCCCAGCCAUCAGCCCUGCCAGCUCCCUUCACACCCGCCGUGUCCUGUGCCCCCCCCUCCACUCGGGCCCGUCCCACUGUGUCACUUCCCCUGCCUGUGACCCACCGCAGCCUCAGAGGUGGAGACCAAGGCCACUGCUCUGCACCCAUUGAUCCUGACCCCUGCCUGCCAGGCCCAGAACAGCCCCGUCGCAUUAGGGAGCUUCUGGCCGCUGCCCAGGGACUGCGGCUGGGGUGAGGGCAGUGCAGCAGCUGGCACACUCCUUGUCCCACCCCACCCUCCGUGUAUCUCCAGGGCACCUGGCCAGUGCCGAAUGCCAUUCCUUUGCUGCCACCCUGGGAGGGGCCUGCCUCUACCCCCAUCCACUCUUCUGGCAGGGCUGGGGACCUUGGGGCAGGUGGUCUCCCUCCAGAAGAGCCCUGUGUUCAGCCAGCCCUGUCCUCCAGAACAAGCCCCACAGGUAGCAAGCCCCACAGGUAGCAAAGUCGGGGAGGGUAAUGGCUUAGCCCCAGGCUCCCAAGCUGGGCAGAACAGGGCAGGGAGCUGGAGAGGGUUUGGCAGUGGGCCCAUGAAUCCAGCCUGGGCAAGGCCCUGCUGUGAGGGACCCCUAGGGACCCCUGGGCCUGCCAGGGAGUAAGGGCUGCCCAGAAAAGGUACUGACUGAUGCCUCCUUGCCAUCUUCUGCCUUGGCUGGCACAGGUCCCAAGUGCAGAGGGGGAGCUGGUCAGGCUGGUCAGUUGGGCGGGGGGGCGGGGGGCAUGUUUCUGGCCUGCUGUCACCAUGGAAAUGGCAGUGGCUGCAGGGUGUGUGUGCAAGGGAGGAGGGUGCUGCCACAGAGAGCCCAGCCAGGACCACCAUGAAAGCCAGGAGCACCGAGGGCCUCUGGUUGGCUCACAAACAUGCCUGGUGCACCAGGCAGAGGGAACAGGCAGGUCUCCGUGUCCAGCCCACAGCCUCCAAGACACAGGGGGAAGGGUGCCCAGAGUCAGCUGCCCCCAUAGGGCCUGAUCACUGGGCUUCUGGGAUCUGCCUGUCUCCCAGGCCGAUGCUCAGCUGGGGCCAGAAGGCUCAGAGAAGGGCCCAUGGGGACAGAGCACCAGGAAGCCCGUGGGUGCGGAGGUUCCCCACCUGGGGCCACGCUCUACGGGCUCUAGGGCGGAGGCACCGUGGUGAGGCGUGGUCAGGCACGCCCUGGUUGGGAGGAGGCCAGAGUGGGGGUGUGGGGGUGCGGUGACUGGCAUGACCCCUCAAUCUCCCGCCUGACCCCUCGAGGUCAGGCCCUGGGCCCCGAGGCCCGCAGCUGGUCCUAGGCGGUGCGGGAGAAGGGACUGGAGUGUCAGCCCCAGCCCGGGGCACAGAGGGCACGCCCACUCCUUCCCCUCCUUCCCUUCCUAACUCCUCACAGCCUCCCCGGCCGCCCCCUGGGUGGAAGUGCUUGGGGUGGACGCCUUAAGCGCGGAUCCCUCGGCGCUGGUGCCCGCCGCCCCUUCCCUGCCUGCGAGGCAGACGCAGACCUCCCCACACCCCCUACCAGCAGCUUCUCGAGCUGUUUCUGGAGGUGGCGGCGCCUUCCUUCCUGAGCCCUGCCCUCCACCCAAGGAGCCUUCAGCACCACAGACAGUGUUGGGGCGGGGCGCGGGCGGGGGCGGAGCGGGACAUGGAGACCCGGACAGGGCUGGGGGCCGUGCCCGCCGGGAAUCUGACUCCGCUCCCGCGGCGCGGCUGUUGCUAUGGAAACCGAGCAACAAAGGGAAGCGGGACAGGCGCCGCGCCCGGCGGGGUGGGGGUGGGGUUCUCCCGGAGCCUGCGACCCCUUCCCGCGGCGGAGCGCAGCCUGGGCGCCCAGGGCCGGGUGUGUUGGACCCCUAGGCCCAAGUCACUAGGGCUCCCCGAGAGCCGGGGGCCAGGCUCCCCGCACCCUGCCCGCCGCCCCGGGGACGGCCCGGCCAGGCGGCCCCGACGUCGCCAUGGAAACAGCCGGGGCGCGGGCGGCGCCGCGGUCGCCCGGGCGGGCCCCUGUAGACGCCACCUCCGGCGCGAGGGGCCCGGGGGCGCCAGGCCUGUCCCGGCUGCCCCGCACCCGCCACCCCCGGCAGGUGCGCCCCGCCCCCGCGGCGCCCCCAGGCGGCCCCCAGCCCGGGGGACGGGUUAUCGAGGCCCCGCCCCGGCCGCGGAGCCAAUGGGCGCGCGGACAGCCGGGCAGGCGGGGCUGGGCGCGGGCGGCGGCGGCCCGGAGGAGAACGGGCGGAGGGCGCGGGCCGACCGGGCGCACCGACCAUGGCCUCCAAAUGCCCCAAGUGCGACAAGACCGUGUACUUCGCAUGACGGGAAGCCGUUCUGCCACAAGCCGUGCUACGCCACCCUGUUCGGACCCAAAGGCGUGAACAUCGGGGGCGCGGGCUCCUACAUCUACGAGAAGCCCCUGGCGGAGGGGCCGCAGGUCACCGGCCCCAUCGAGGUCCCCGCGGCCCGAGCAGAGGAGCGGAAGGCGAGCGGCCCCCCGAAGGGGCCCAGCAGAGCCUCCAGUGUCACCACUUUCACCGGGGAGCCCAACACGUGCCCGCGCUGCAGCAAGAAGGUGUACUUCGCUGAGAAGGUGACGUCUCUGGGCAAGGAUUGGCACCGGCCCUGCCUGCGCUGCGAGCGCUGCGGGAAGACACUGACCCCCGGCGGGCACGCGGAGCACGACGGCCAGCCCUACUGCCACAAGCCCUGCUAUGGAAUCCUCUUCGGACCCAAGGGAGUGAACACCGGCGCGGUGGGCAGCUACAUCUAUGACCGGGACCCCGAAGGCAAGGUCCAGCCCUAGGCUACAGCGGCUCUCGUGAUGUGGGCUCACCUGCGCCCCAGACCCUGCAGGGGCCCCCCUGCUUGGCUCUGCUGGGAGAGUGCUCAGCCGCCCAGUCCUGCCUGCAAGCCCAGGGCGAGUAUUGGAGGAGGGGCAGCCACGGGCAGAGCGCCAUGCCCAUCCCCGAGUCUCUGGUGUGUCUGCCCCCUCUGGCAUCCUCUGGGCGUCCCAUGAUCCCUUCUGUGUCUGCGUGUCCGAAUCCCCGUGUGACCCUGUCCCAGCAUUUUCCCGCCGACCCUGCGUGUCCCCGUGGCGCUGUCCGCUCUCCCUCUCCUGCUGCCCACCCACCUGCCAGUGUUAUUUAUGCUCCCUUCGUGGGUGAUGGCCACGCCCUCACCAUGUCCCUGGCAGAGGGCUUUCCUCCGGGAUCCCCUGCCUGGUGCCCACACUGCCUCGCAAGCGCUCGCCACCCUCACGUGGCUCACCUGCUGUUGAGCCUUGUGCUGUCAAUAAACGGUUUGAGGAUUGCA